AGAGACUACCGCCUAUGUCUAUUACUAUUAUUAUUAAAUAGAAUAGAAACUAAGUAUUUGAAACAUUCGUUUAAGGAUCUGAACUGCAAUUAAACUGAACAUAAGGAAUUAAACGGUCUAUGCGUGCUUGAUGCCAGAAGAUGUACAUCUAGUUCAGCUAAUGAGAUCAACUAGAUAUUCACAAUGCUAACUAAAGCUGUGAGAGAAUGGCUUGCUGAUUAUAAGGGCCUGGCAAGCUCAGAGAUCCACACUUUUGCCUGCACUAUAUUUGAGAAUGAGGAUCUCAUUCUUGGGAUCUACAAGCUGUUUGAGUCAGAGCCUUACAAAGUUCAGGAACUAGACCCCGUGUGCCACCAACUGUACGAGUUCUACAGAUCCAAGGAGGAGAAGCUCCAGCUGUUUGCCCUACAGUUCGCGCCCACCCUCGUCUGGCUCUAUCUGCGCUGUCUGAGUCGGAACGAGAAGAAGAACUGUGGCGGCGUGGAGACCUUCCUGCUGGGCGUCUACAAUCUGGAAAUUGUCAAGCCAGAUGGGACACCAGUGGUUGAGAACAUCCGGGUCCCCACCAUCAGCAGGGCUUCUAUAUAUCACGAGUCCCGGAUCCCCGGGGUAACGGAGCCACUGACAGAACACGCCCUGAGGUCCCUCAACAACUCACACUCUCUGUGGAAGUCUGGGCCCUACCCUCAGCAUGAGCGCUUCAAUGCCCAGAACAGGUUCAGCAUCUUGUCGUACGUCAUGCAGCACUACAACAGACACGUAGACAGCUACCACAGUCUCUCACUACAGGCCUUGUGUAGUGCUAUAAUCAAGUUAAAUGAAACAGGUUUUGCUAAACGUGGCAUCACGUCGUCAACACAGGAGCCUCGCAUCGCUCUCUUCCCCUCCCUACUGGUAGAGUUCAUGAUGGCCACCUACUUUGCCAUGUUUAAUGGACACAAGAAGCUGGCCCUUGAAGCGGUGAAGGAGACCCAUAACAGAGCCUCGUAUGAGCUGUACUCGGAUGUUUUACUUAUCACCAAUGCCAUGCUGAACUCCUAUCACCGUGGCAACUUCAAGUUUGAUAACCAUGGCGUCACCGUGGAAACACAAAAACAGAAAACUGUCUAUGCUGCCAAACACAGCAUCACUAAUGCCUCCUUCAAGGCUAAAAAGUUGCCAGAUGACAUUGACAUAGUGGAGGAAGACGAGAACCAGAAGCUGUCCACAGUGGAGGAAGACCAGGAACACACCCAGGCUAAGGGCAUCAAGGCAAAGCUCAUGAACAAGCUGGGCGUGGACAAAAACAAGAACCGGGAGACCGCCCGGCGCAACAGCGACACCCCCUCCAUGAAGUCAACCAGCGGCAGCGACCUUGUGGAGACCUUGGGCGUGGGGGUCAAGACGACCAGCAGUGGAGGGAAGAUCAUGGUUGACCACCUGGAGAUGCAGCCGCUGAAGAUUAAAGGGGGGAGCGGGAGCGGUGACGACGGAUCAGACAGGGAGAAAAACACGGAGGGCAGGCACUCUAAGAUCUCCGCCUCCCCCACUAUUUUCUCCAAGAAAUUUACUUUCUCUAAAAACAGUUCAGGUUCGGAGUCGCCUGGCAAGGGCAAUAACCCAAGCAUAUCGGCAUCACAGUUGUCUGUGAAUGGACAGAGCAGUAAAGGUUCAUCCCCCUUAUCAAAGAACUCUCUAGAAGCCAACAGCAGCCCCCGCGCCCAGUCUGAGGGUCCGAACUCCUCCGAUAGCUUUAAACUCUCCUCCAUGUCCCCGCCCCUCUCCUCCCCCUCCAUCCUCUCCUCCUCCUCCUCCCCCUACCAGAAAGACAGCGACGCAACAGAUUACUCCAACACAUCCGAGCCCACGCUGACCCGCUUCUCCUCCAGCUUCGACCAGCCUUCCCCCUCCCCCAGCAGCGUGUCCGUGCCCGCGGAGAACAGCGACAGGCCUGCGCAGCUGCACAUCAACCGCAACUCCUUCAGCACGACCUUGUGACACUCGCAGCAGCUUAGGUGAAAACUUCCCGUCUACUUAAACAUACACCC